AAAAAUUCUACAAGUUUGCUCUGGAGUUUAUUUCCAAGGGUCUAUAUAUGAGAUUUCUGGGAGUGAAGUAUGCUUUUCUACUGGGGAUCUAAUAAAGGUCAUUGGCACUGAGCUCUUAUCAGUUUGCUGUGAAGACAUCGACAACAAUGACAAGUUUGAGCUGCCUAUCAACCACACAGGCUUGUUCAAGGUUGUUCCGGAGGAGAUGCCAUACAACACAGUCGAGGAGAUGGUUAGUCUGAGGCCUGUUGGCCUGGACUCCUGCCUUCCCUUCACUUUCACCAGCCGCUCCAAGAUGACCUUUGAUAAUUUCACUGUUGGGGCCGGGACAGCUUUGACAGUGCUCUCCAUUGAGCGGCAUACGGGUCAGGAGGAUCAGGUGCGCUGCCAGGUUCAAGGACAACAGGAGGCCUCUGCAGAAGUGCAUAUCCCACUUUCUUCCCACGGGGAGUUCAUUGAGUGUGAGAGCGUGGAGCGCUUCACUCUGCAGGAGAUCAUGUCCUCGCCAUGCCUGCGCAGUCGAAAGUUCCGCUUUGUCAACACCACCAAGUGUGAAAAAACCCUUGUUCUCACUCCCAUAUACCAGGUCCACGCCAUCAUGCACUUGAGGAAGAAUAUAUUGAAGUUUCCCUCCAGCUUAGAGGUGGAUGUGGUCGAUGUCACUGAGCUGUGUAAGGAUGUGAAUUUUGUGACCCCGCUCAGUCUGACAGAGGUCCUUUCCAAGCCAGAGGACUCUUUCCCUGCAGUAGUGGAGAUACUGGAAGGCCCAGAGACCCGCUCUCUAUUCAAGUGCAGUUGGCUGCCACAAAUUAAGCAGAACAGCCACGUGGUUUUCCACAAGGUAGGAACCUCAGCCAUGGUUUUGUUAUCCAGCUUGAAGGGCCGAAAGACACAGCAGUACUUCCUCGUAUCUCAGCAAUACGGUGGACGAUUUCGGAGGCGGCCAAGAGAGUUUAACUCAGUGUACGAGCUGUAUGUUGCUUCAAUUCAGGCACCAGGUCUGAAGUUCGGUGUGACAAGGAACUGUGACGAAGUCGAGGAGGAGGGCCUGCCUGCCCUCAGUGUGGGGGAACAGCUGGAGAUUGUUCGCUGCGAAAGGAUGGAGUUGCCUUGUGGAAGUAGCACGGGACAGAAGCAGUCCGUCGAGGCCCUUUUGUGUCAGCGUCUCCAAGAGGCGGAUGAUGGAGAUGAGGACGAUGAUGAUGAAGAGGAGCGGGAGGAUGAGAAAGAGGAGAUCUUUCUGCCUCUGUACAUGCAGGGUCACUUUGUGGAGGUGCUCACUGAUAACAAGAAGUACAAACUCAGGGACCUGGGCAAGGAGUUUAACCUGCCGCUGGAUGUUAAAGUCGUGAGCCGUGAUACUGAACUCGAGACUGAUCCACUAGCCGGGUUUGCAUGUCUCAGAAUAGAGGGGGCUAUGUUAGAGCCCACCAUCCAGGCAAGCUUUCCAAACAAGCCAGACCACUGUUUUGAGAUCCCAACCCAGUGGCUCUCUAUGUCUGUCUCUUUUACCAGAGACCCCCUGCCAUGGCCCAGCGGUGAGCCUCUUAAAUUGCAUGUGGACAGGGUUACUGAGGUGACAGACACGUUCUUUUAUGAAUAUCGCAAACAGGGGAACUCAGAUGCGGCUCCUCCACCUCGACCACCAAAGCGAAAUCUGUCGUCUAUAAAGUCCUGCAAAAAAGCAUCAAAAUCCACGAAGAAAUCAUCCAAGGGAGACAAGUCCAAACAUCGACCAGACAAAAGCACCCCAACCAAAGAGUUAGCUAAUUUGACUUUAAAUACCAAAAAGAGGCCCCCAGCUCCCCCACCUCCAGCUAUCUUAGAUGAUCAGCCUCCACCGAUCGCACCCCGAAAGCACUCAGCAGCUGAAGUGACAACAGGGAAGGCUCUGCCCAACACCUAUGUGGAAAGGGAGGACCCUAAGAAAAAAGUGCUGGUGUGUGAAGUCGAAGCAGAUGUGGACAGUGACCACGACUAUGAAACUGUGGACGACAAUUUGGUGACAAUGAUGAAGGCAGCCCAAGAGAAUGUCAUGUUUUACUAAAAUGUUCUACUGCAACAGCGAUAUAUUAUAUGUGGGAAGUGGGAGCUGAAUUCAGUAGUGACAAAGGAAAAAAGUUUUAAACUCUUAUCUUUAAUAAUGUUAUGCCAAUGUACCAAGGCAUGGUCCUAUAUUGUGAGACUUUACAGUCAGAUCAAGUAACCUGUCCAUGCAAUCCUAAAUAUUGUGUUGAAAUGCAUACUUGGCAACAGCAAGGGGGUGACAUCAGUUUUGUGGUCACUUCAAUAAAUAGCAAAUGUUUGACCACACACAUAUUUAAUGUUGAGACAGCUUCCUCCACUGGAUUACAAGAGAUAUAUAUCUUUCUGCCUCUCAUGUGGUCAUCGAAACACUUCUCUACACCUAGCCCACUGUAUCUUUUUCAAAGCCGUUGGUGGCUGUAGCUAUGCAACAUAUGUUACUCUCAAACUUUGAACAAAUACUACUUGAAGUAUUUACUGUUGUAGUAUUUGUCGAAAUAUUAUCGUACUUUUUGUACUUUUUGUUCAAACUUCUCAGCAAAUAGUUGAUCUAACAUAUAUGGUAGUUUUGGGGGGGCUGUAGCUUGUAGUUUUGUAUACAAUACCAUUAUAUUGUGCAAUACUAAGCUGUUACUGUACAUAGUCCACCCUGGAACAAAACAGCAAGGCUCUACAGUAUAAUACAGUCCUUAUAUGAUGCAACAAACUACACCCUUAAAAAUGACCAGAGUUAAAUCAAUAUCUUGUUGUCUAAAAAAAAAUACAUAUUUAUAAGCUUCACAAAUGUGAUUGUACAGACAUUUAAUGCAUGUCAAACUCCUACAGUAUAUAUGCAAACUCUAAACAGAAAGGGCUCAAACCAGUCCUUGUCUGGAGGCAACAGUCCUAACCACAAACAUGACAAAAUGGCUGCUUCUCACAUGCUAGCGCUAGAAGCUCUUAUAGCUGUAACAGCAAACUAUUGAUCUGAGAGUACGUAAAGGUGCUACACAUUGUAUGUAUUCCUGUUUUUUUGUUCUUGUUUUGCUUCAUUGAAAUAACUUGUUGGACACCUUUUAAUUAUAUGGACUGGGAACAUUCAUAAUAGACAAUUUCCUUCUGUGUGCUAUGUUCAUUUAUUUUACUGCUGAAACCAAUGCGUAUGUAAUACAAUUGCAAAACAUACUGUAGAUUAAUUAGUCUGGAGGUGCAUUUUAUACUUUUUUUUUUUUUUUCAUCUUUAAAAGAUGUGGCUUCAGAAUGCACUCAUACCUAUUUAAUUCAUUCUUAUUUUAAAAGCUUUUUUACUAUGUGAACCAGUGAGGCUAUAUAGACAGAUUUAUGCAUCAUGCCCAGUCAACUGAAUGUGCCACAGCUGGACACAAUCAAGUAAACAUCUCAAGUGUGAUUAAGAUACAAGAGGUUAAAUUCAGUUUGUGGUCUCACAGCUAUGAAUACACAUGUAAAUUUAGUAUCUGUGCAUGGGUGGGGGGUUAACUGUCUUAUAUGAAGGUUUAAUGUGACAAAAUGUGAAAAAGUGAAAGGGCUUGAUUGAUUUCUGAACCCACUGUGCAGACUAUAUCCAUUAAGGACAAUAAGAAGUUAUAUAUAAAAAAUGAGUAAUAUGUGUAAAUUAUGAAACAAAGACUUCUGGUAGAUGACCCAACUGUAUUUUGUAUAAUCUUUUAAUUUUGGCAUUAGUAUGUUACAUAGAAAAACUGAGUGCUUAUGUUCCAAGUCUUUAAAAUUACAAAAUGCUUUACAAUGGAGAUGAGGAAUUCAGAAUAGUAUAUAACAGCUUCUUAAACAGCAAAACCCCCGGGACUUACAAAUAGCAGAAGUAACUUGAGGAAUACAGGAGGUGUAAAGGUCUCACUAAAUAUAAAUCAUGUUUUUUUUUUUUAU